AGUUUGAUAUAAAAGGAAUACAAGUUUUCUUUAAAACAUUUUACUUGUUAACUUUCGUCAUGGACAGAUCUAUGAAACAUCCGUUUUUUCUUGCAAUUUUUUUAAUUGUUACAUGCCAAGCUGAUCAUUUCCGUGGAGGUACAAUUAGUUGGAAACCAACCGGAAACGGUCGAGAAGUCGAGUUCACGUAUAAACUUGGAUGGAGAUUCGGUCGCGGUGCCGGCUGUACUACUUCGCUAGUUGGUUCUUAUGUUGAUAGAAUUCCUUUCCCCUGGAUCUGUACCUCCGGAUGUGGAUUUGGAUCAGUUACAUUGUCGUCAAAGGGAUAUACGUGUAUAGCCGCGAGUAGCGCACAGGACUGGGAACUAGGGGAAUACUCAUUUAAACAUACGUUUAGUUCAGACGAAAAAUUCACCGUAAGCUUUUCAGAUUGUUGCUGGAUAGAUUUGGAUUACGGGACAGGUUCAUCUGGCAUCAGCGUUCCAACCACAAUAGAUUUACGCACACGAUCUGACUUGAAAGCCCCAAACACUAGCCCUGUCGCCGCGUCAAAACCUUUAUACACGAUUAAACAUGGGUGCACACAGACAAUAAAGAUACCGGUGUUAGACAGAGAUGGAGACAAUGUUAGAUGUAGAUGGGCUGUAGGAAAUGAGUGCAGCGGUGCCUGUUCAAGAAUUCCAAAUACAGUCUUAGACGGGAACAAAUGUACACUGACCAUCAGAGCUAUAGGAAACAAGGGUGAUAUGUAUGCCGUCGCUGUGAUGGUAGAAGACAUGCCCAGAAAUACAAUAACUUUAGGUGGUGAAUCCUUUACAACUAAAGAUGUUUUGUCAAGUGUUCCAGUUCAAUUCCUGGUCAACACACCUGAUAUUCAGUCUCGAUCAUGUUUGGACAAACCUGUUUUUGUAUACCCUACACCCGUGGAAGGUGAAGUCAUUGUUGUAAAACAAGGGAAAUCACUCUUCCUCAGUAUUUAUGCUACAUCUAAAGGGUCCAGCAUUAAGGAAUUUCAGUCAUUCGGACCUCCUGGAUUGCAAAAAUCAUCAAUACGCCAAUUAACCCAUUCACCCCAAGUGUAUUCAGUUGAUUUGACCUGGGCACCAACACCUGCUGAUAAAGGUUCACAUUCACUAUGCAUAGAGGCUACGGACACCUAUGAGUAAGACAAAUA